GUGAUUUCUGUAACCGGCUUUGAGGGUAUCGAACGCCAGAAAAUCGAACUCAUUAUCAAACAGUUGGGCGCUUCCUUCACAGAUUACCUCGAUCAAUCCAACACACUCUUAGUGUUUAAGAGACCCCAGGGCAAGAAAUACGAAAUGGCCUCACUGUGGGGUAUUCCCUGCGUGAAUGUUCGCUGGCUGCAGGAUCUCUAUCUUGGUGACCUUCUGGCCAUCUCUUCAGAAAUUCCUCACAAAUACCUCUCUUGUGAGCAGUCUGAUGUCAGUCAGGAUCUGGACUUGCGGACUUUGCGUGUGAUGGAGUUGAUGGUCUGA